CGACCCCCAAGAGGGAGCCGGUGAAUGGGCUUGUGGUGACCCCCGCCCCCCACCCCACCCUCCCUUCCCCCCCGACCCCCAACCCCCAUCCCCAGUGAGAGCCGCCGCCCGAGAGGCCGGGCCGUCGUCCUAGGAGGAGCCACCGCCACCCCCUCCGCCAUGGAGCUGAUCACCAUCCUCGAGAAGACCGUGUCCCCCGAUCGGCUGGAACUGGAAGCGGCGCAGAAGUUCCUGGAGCGUGCGGCCGUGGAGAACCUGCCCACUUUCCUUGUGGAACUGUCCAGAGUGCUGGCAAACCCAGGAAACAGUCAGGUUGCCAGAGUUGCAGCUGGUCUACAAAUCAAGAACUCGUUGACGUCUAAAGAUCCAGAUAUCAAGGCACAGUAUCAGCAGAGGUGGCUUGCUAUUGAUGCUAAUGCUCGACGGGAAGUCAAGAAUUAUGUUUUGCAGACUCUGGGCACAGAAACUUACCGGCCUAGUUCUGCCUCCCAAUGUGUGGCUGGUAUUGCUUGUGCAGAGAUCCCAGUGAACCAGUGGCCAGAACUCAUCCCUCAGCUGGUGGCCAACGUCACAAACCCCAACAGCACAGAGCACAUGAAAGAGUCGACAUUGGAAGCUAUUGGUUACAUUUGCCAAGAUAUAGACCCAGAGCAGCUACAGGAUAAGUCCAAUGAGAUUCUGACUGCCAUAAUCCAGGGGAUGAGGAAAGAAGAGCCUAGUAAUAAUGUGAAGCUAGCAGCUACGAAUGCACUCCUGAACUCAUUGGAGUUCACCAAAGCAAACUUUGACAAAGAGUCCGAAAGGCACUUUAUUAUGCAGGUGGUCUGUGAAGCCACACAGUGUCCAGAUACGAGGGUACGAGUGGCUGCCUUACAGAAUCUGGUGAAGAUAAUGUCCUUGUAUUAUCAGUACAUGGAGACGUAUAUGGGUCCUGCUCUCUUUGCAAUCACAAUUGAAGCAAUGAAAAGUGACAUUGAUGAGGUGGCCCUGCAAGGGAUAGAAUUCUGGUCCAAUGUCUGUGAUGAGGAAAUGGAUUUGGCCAUUGAGGCUUCAGAGGCAGCAGAGCAAGGACGGCCCCCUGAGCACACCAGCAAGUUUUAUGCCAAGGGAGCAUUGCAGUACCUGGUUCCAAUCCUCACACAGACACUAACCAAACAGGACGAAAAUGAUGAUGAUGACGACUGGAACCCCUGCAAAGCAGCAGGGGUAUGCCUCAUGCUCCUGGCCACCUGCUGUGAAGAUGACAUUGUCCCACAUGUCCUCCCCUUCAUCAAAGAACACAUCAAGAAUCCUGAUUGGCGGUACCGGGAUGCCGCAGUGAUGGCUUUUGGCUGUAUCUUGGAAGGACCAGAGCCCAAUCAGCUCAAACCACUAGUUAUACAGGCUAUGCCCACCCUAAUAGAAUUAAUGAAAGACCCCAGUGUAGUUGUUCGAGAUACAACUGCAUGGACUGUGGGCAGAAUUUGUGAACUGCUCCCUGAAGCUGCCAUCAAUGAUGUCUACUUGACUCCCCUGCUCCAGUGUCUGAUUGAGGGCCUCAGUGCUGAACCCAGAGUGGCUUCAAAUGUAUGCUGGGCUUUCUCCAGUCUGGCUGAAGCUGCUUAUGAAGCUGCAGACGUAGCUGAUGAUCAGGAAGAACCAGCUACCUAUUGCUUAUCUUCUUCUUUUGAACUCAUAGUUCAGAAGCUCCUGGAGACCACAGACAGACCUGAUGGACACCAGAACAAUCUCAGGAGUUCUGCAUAUGAAUCUCUGAUGGAAAUUGUUAAGAACAGUGCCAAGGAUUGUUACCCCGCCGUUCAGAAAACCACUCUGGUCAUCAUGGAGCGGCUGCAGCAGGUGCUGCAGAUGGAGUCACAUAUCCAGAGCACAUCGGAUAGGAUCCAGUUCAAUGACCUUCAGUCUUUACUCUGCGCUACUCUUCAGAAUGUUCUCCGGAAAGUGCAACAUCAAGACGCCUUGCAGAUCUCUGAUGUGGUCAUGGCCUCCCUAUUAAGGAUGUUCCAAAGCACCGCUGGGUCUGGGGGAGUGCAAGAGGAUGCCCUGAUGGCAGUUAGCACACUGGUGGAAGUGUUGGGUGGUGAAUUCCUAAAGUACAUGGAGGCCUUUAAACCCUUCCUGGGCAUUGGAUUGAAAAAUUACGCUGAGUACCAGGUUUGUCUGGCAGCUGUGGGCUUAGUGGGAGACUUAUGCCGUGCCCUGCAAUCCAACAUCUUGCCUUUCUGUGAUGAGGUGAUGCAGCUCCUGCUGGAGAACUUGGGGAAUGAGAAUGUCCACAGAUCUGUGAAGCCGCAGAUUCUGUCAGUGUUUGGUGAUAUUGCCCUUGCUAUUGGUGGAGAAUUUAAAAAAUACCUAGAAGUUGUACUGAAUACUCUUCAGCAGGCCUCCCAAGCCCAGGUGGACAAGUCAGACUAUGACAUGGUGGAUUAUCUGAAUGAGCUGAGGGAAGGCUGCCUGGAAGCCUAUACCGGAAUCGUCCAGGGAUUGAAGGGAGACCAGGAGAACGUACACCCGGACGUGAUGCUGGUGCAACCCAGAGUAGAAUUUAUUCUGUCUUUCAUUGACCACAUUGCUGGAGACGAGGAUCAUACAGACGGAGUAGUAGCUUGUGCUGCUGGACUGAUAGGGGACUUGUGUACAGCAUUUGGGAAGGAUGUACUGAAAUUAGUAGAAGCUAGGCCAAUGAUCCAUGAACUGUUAACUGAAGGACGGAGAUCGAAGACUAACAAAGCAAAAACCCUCGCUACAUGGGCAACAAAAGAACUGAGGAAACUGAAGAACCAAGCUUGAUCUGUUACCAUUGGGAUGAUAACCUGAGACCCCCACUGGAAAUCUCCAAUCUUUUGAAAAACCCGGAAGUGAGGAGUGUGCACGGAUGCUGAAUGUUUGGGAAUGAGAGGAUGAGUGAGUGAGGCUUGAAAACACACCACAUUGAAAAUCCUGCCACAGCCGCAGCCGCAGCUGCAGCCGCCAACAGCAGCGCUGUGAGUGAGCUAAGUAAGCACUGGCUUCGUAGGAAACCAUACGCCGGCCGUCUUGGAAAAGAAAAACGAUGGAUUUACUUGCUUAAAAAAAGAAGGCUAUCUCUGCAGAGAGCUAGAACUAGCUUUUCUGCCUUUUGGCCGGUGCAGAGUGGAGUGACUGGUUUGGGAGAGGAGGAGGGACUGGGUUCAGCUGUGGUGCUUUGUUGUAAAAGGCAGCCUGGCCUUUGCUACUGGUAAGAAAGAUGGAGCCUGGGUCUCAAGCCCACCUUUGGUGUACCUUUGCCACACUGUAUGUGUGCCGGCUAAAAGGAGGCUGAGGGAUUCUUUCCAGUCUGAGAAUGAGUGUGUGUGAGUGAGGCGGUAUCCACAUUCUCAACUUCAAGUCAUUGCAGUUUCUUUUUCCCAGAUAAAAGGGGUUUAGACAUUGCAUUUCAUAAAACUAACCGAAGUUCUGUCUACUGAUGCAGCACAAGAGAUGUAAGAAAAAAAAAAAAAAGGAAAGACGCUCUUUAGGUUUUGUUUUUUGUUUUCUUUUUUAAUUCUAGGGAAAACACUGACGAAUGGUCAGAGCUCCCAUCCUGAUCUUUUCAUCAAGACGCCUUUCCUAAUAAUAUGGUUCAACUGUGAAUGUAGAAGUGGGAGGGGGGGAGGGGGGAGAAAAAGAAAACUCUGGAGUUAGAGGAUAUAGAAAAAAAUAAAAAUACAAUUGUUACAAACAAAGAAUGCAGACUUCAAAAACAAAAGAAAGCCACACCCAAACAAACCAAAAUUUAAAUGCUUAGAAUUGGCAGCACAAAAGAAAAGUUCUCUCCUGACAUGUAUCGUGGCAGUCUGAAUGCCCCCAGAAAAUUGUGCCAAAGAGUUUAGAAAACAAAUACACAAUAAAAGUAAACACACACACACAGAGCAAACUUCAGGUAACUAUUUUGGAUUGCAAACAAGGAUAAAUUUACUGUUCGAACAAUCUGAUAAAAGAACCAUUUGGAAACUG